UUUCUUUAUUGCAGGAUGCAACAAUUUAGAAAUUUCCUAACAAGUUGGAAAGGAAACCAAUCAUGUUCUUACUGAUAGACUAAUAUGAUAUCAUUACACAUAAAUGUGUUAACUUUUUUAAAUUUGAGCCAAUAAUUGAAUGAAAUAAUUACUUUUAUAUAUGCCUUUAUGGGAUGCAUUAUGAUGGUCAAUGAGUUUAAUUUAUUACACCUUGACAUGACAUAGGACGAUAUAAUUCUGUGAGGAUACUCUGGUUGGAAUUCAAUGUGUGUUGUGCAAGUUCUGGAUGAAAUUUUGUACUUUGGUGGUAAUGAUUCUCUUGUUCCACAUCCAAGUGGCCUUGGUCAACAUGUACCUCUCCAAGAAUGCAUUGAAAAUAUGAGAAAGAUUGUUAUCCAUCUGAAGAGCCUUUCAAAGAAGACUCGCAUUUUAUUUCUCGGUGGUCCUUCUGUCAAUGAGGCACAAAUUUAUGGAACUAGUGUGCUACAAGGGCAGCGAUUAAGGAACAAUGAACCUCGUCGAAUAUAUUCAGAAGCAUGUUUAGAGUUGUGCAGUGAGAUGAACAUCAUUGCAAUUGAUCGGUGGUCUACACUCUGGGAACCUUGCCUCUGGGAGCAAUAUAGUGGCAAAAGGGAUCCCAUGUGCUAUGAACAUGGACCACUAUGACUGACAUUGAAACCUCUUUCCCUUGUCUUGGGGUAAUUUGUAUUAA